UGUAUUUCUUUCGCGACAUACGUAGCCUUUUUUCCGGCAAGCAGAAAGACAGCGUCACAACAGAUAGCGAGAGACAUAGGCAAACAACAUGGACCCAAACACGACGAUCCUGCGAGUGAAGAGAAAGCGGGGAACGGAUCCCGCCGACGCUCUGUUGUUGGCUUGCAAGCGCAUCCGACCAGAGAGCUCGCAGACCCCGGGGGAAACGGUUCCGGAGCCCGGUGAAGCCGAGGUGGACAACACGGUCUUCAAACUCGUGGCGACUGUAGCGACCCAGGAUGCACCGGUCCAGGCCCAGGUGCGCGAGGCGCUGGCCCGCCCCCGCGUGGCCCACGCCCUGCGGCCCUCCGCCACCAGCUCUCAGCGCGUUGUCGGAGACCUGCGCAGUGCCAAGUGGAGCACGCGAAGGGAGGAGCGCUACCGCAUCCUCUCCAGCCACCGCGCCGGACUGUCGGCCGCAGAGGGGCGGCCCGCAGAGCCCGUGGGCCGCGGGGACGAAGUCGACGCUGCCGCCACCGCCGACGGCGAGGAGCUGAAGGAGAAGGCCUGGGCUCUGGGGAAGCUGCAGGUGGUGGACCUGCUGUGUGAGCAUGAGGAGGACCAGGGGAAGCCGGACAAGAACGUGUCGCCAGACCCGGAGGUCAUCCUCUGCAACAACAUGAAGAUGCUCCGGGAGCGCCUGAGCGUGUCCGGCGCGGGCCUGGGGGCGGAGCAUCGCGAGCAGGAGAACGACUACGUCUACGACCUCUACUACCAGGAGACGGCUCAGGCCGGCUGGAUCCAGGACAUCCUGUCCAUCCGGGCCUACGGCGACGAGGGAGAGCUGGUGCCCGAGCUGGUGGUCAACGAGGAGCAGGUGUACGAAGACGAGGAUGAUGAGAACGAAGAGGGCAACUGGAGGAACGACUACCCGGACAGCGACAACGACGGUGACAGCGAUCGAGAGGAGCGCUACGUUGGGUACUGGGAGGAGGAGCACUCCUACAGCAGUAGGAGCUGGGAGAACUACCAGAGGCAGGUGCUGCGGGAGCUCGGUGGGCAUGGCGAGAAACAAGACGAAGACGACGACGAAGACGAUGACAAGUGUGACUCUAAUUGAUCGCAGUGUGUGCCUGCCACCCCCCUCCCCCCCUCCGUUUCCAUCAGUGGAUGUUCCUGGCACCUUUUCUUCUGAAAUAACACCUUUUCUGCUCUUUUUGUGAAUGACCAUUGCCCGACAUAGCGAGCGAUGUGUAGCACUGUGAUUGUUGGAAAAUGUAACUUGAAAAACGAAAAAGCCAAAUGAAGUACUGUAGGAAAGUGUCCUGAGCAACGUUGUAUGCCAGAAACCGAUGUUUGCAGAACUACCACUUUAAAAGACCUGCAUGCAAAAGAGGGUGACAGUUGCACUAUUGUGCGCUACAUGACGAUAAUAGAAGUUGAGCAGUUGGAAGAGCAAUGCAUUUUAUUUAACAACCUGACCGGCUAUACAUUUCCCUCUUCUACACCGAGGGAUUAAGAGUAAGGGUGUUAUUUCAAAGAAAGGGUCCACAGUGUCUUAAAUGUAUGGUGGAGUGAAAUUUGUGUGUGUGAUUUGUGUGUGAAGUUGAAGUGUGUUAGAUUUGUUGCACAUUUGCGUGGUAUGCCUUGUAUGCUUUGUGCAGUUAAACACUUAAGUUAGUGAGAAGUCAUGGGCAACGCCUGUUUGCGGUUUAAGGUUUUCCAGCCGUUUUUGUGCAUGGUGGUGUGUGUGUGCGUGUAUAAAUGUAAGCGUGGGGUAGGUUGUGCACUUAUGAAAGUGUGGUGCAGUUUAUUUUUAACAUUCCCUUUGUUCAUGAUUGGGUUGCUCUCUGAAUGCUUGUUGGAUUAAAUAACUUUUUUUUUGUAAAUAUGUAGAUGUGUAUAAAAACAAAGCUUUCAAAAUAAACGUAAAACAUUUGAA